AUGGAUUUUCUGAGCGGCAGCGGUGCGGGGCUGAGGUCGGAGAUGCAUGGGGAACAAAGCGAGGAAGGUUCAGGAUUAUAUCCUGUUGCUGACUUCAACUUCUCGUUCAUGCUUAACGAAACGAACCAGUCCUUUGGAGAGUACGCUCACUUGUCUGAUUUGGAGAAAAGUUAUUUAUUCGGGGAUGGAUCCGCCGUCCUGAGAAUAAUAAUCUCUGUAAUUUACUCUGUGGUCUGUACCUUGGGGUUGAUAGGAAACAUCCUUGUCUUAUAUCUCAUGAAGUCUAAACAAGUAUGGAAGAAAUCGUCCAUUAACCUUUUCGUGACGAGUUUAGCUUUGACUGAUUUCCAGUUUGUAUUAACUCUUCCUUUUUGGGCAGUGGAGAACGCUUUGGACUUCACCUGGCUUUUUGGAAAAGCCAUGUGCAAGAUAGUGUCUUACGUGACAGCGAUGAAUAUGUACGCAAGUGUGUUUUUCCUGACUGCUAUGAGUGUGGCACGGUACUGGUCGGUUGCAUCGGCUCUCAAGAGCAGGCGGCGCCGUCACCGCUGCUGCUCCGCGCGCUUUAUGAGCAUUGUCAUAUGGGUUGCUGCUAUAUCCGCAGCUUUGCCCCAUGCGGUGUUCUCCACAACCGCGACUGUCUCCAACGAGGAAUUGUGCCUUGUUAAAUUUCCAGACACCGUUGACGCACAAUUCUGGCUUGGACUUUACCAUAGUCAAAAAGUACUGAUCGGGUUUCUAAUACCGCUGGGGAUCAUCUCCGUCUGCUACCUGCUGCUUUUGCGCUUCAUCACAUCCAGGAAUGUGAACACCUCCAGCGCAAAGAGGCGCUCCAAAGUGACAAAAUCUGUGACUAUAGUGGUUCUGUCAUUCUUCCUCUGUUGGUUGCCGAACCAGGCACUAACGGCUUGGGGGAUUCUCAUAAAACUCAACGUUGUGCAUUUCAGUUGGGCAUAUUACACCACGCAGGCAUAUCUAUUCCCAGUGUCUGUCUGUUUGGCGCACUCUAACAGCUGUCUAAACCCCAUAUUGUAUUGUCUAAUGAGAAGAGAGUUCAGAAAGGCUUUGAAAAAACUUUUUUGGCAAAUAACUUCUCCAUCCGUGACCAACAUGAGACCAUUUACGGCGACGACCAAGCCAGAGCAAGACGAGCAUGGACAUGCGUUGGUACCGUUAAGUCCGGCAGAGCCAGCCUUGGUUUUCUAUCCACCUGGUGUUGUCAUUUACAAUGGGAGAAACGAUAUGCUCCCGAACAGUACGUAGCCUGUCUUAAUAC